AUGAGUGAUGGUCGUGUUGGGAUUGUGGAGAGAGCACUAAGCAGCUUAGGUAAGGGGUUUGACAUAACCUCUGAUUUCAGAUUGAAGUUCUGCAAAGGAAAAGAAAGGUUAGUUUUGAUCAAUGAAGAAGAGAAGAGAGACCUCACAAUUCCAGGAUUUGGAGUCCUCAAAGAUGUUUCUCUCGAUAUCAAAUGCGAUAAAGGUGAUCGAAGCCGAUGUCAAUCUGAUGUUCUUGGGUUCAAUCAGAUGUCGGAGUACUUAAACCAGAAGGGUUCAGUGGCAGGGAAGAUCCCUUCAGGGCUAUUUGAUGCAAUGUUUGGGUAUAGUGGCAGUUCAUGGGCUUAUGAUGCAUCUGUUACCAAAAGCUUAGCUAUUGAUGGUUAUUUCAUCACUCUCUUUAACCUUCACAUUGAUCGAUAUCCCCUAAUCCUCUCUGAUGAAGUAACAAAAGCAAUUCCAGCCACUUGGGAUCCAAGUGCCCUUGCAAGGUUCAUUGAGAAUUAUGGGACCCACAUAAUCGUAGGGUUGGAAAUUGGGGGUUUGGAUGUGGUGCUGGUUAGGCAAGAUAAAUCUUCCACUUUGCAAACAUCAGAGGUGAAAAAGCACUUGGAUGACCUUGGAGAUCAAUUGUUUACAGGGACAUGUCCCCUCUCUUUCUCAUCAAACCAGCCCAAGGAAUCUCCACGUCCUUACAAAAUUAAGGCUCCCGAGGCAUUUAACGUUUUCAACCCACAACAACCUAUGCUUUUGGAUAGCUUCUCCUCAGUCACAGCCAAGGAUGGCAUUAUGGUUAUAUGUUCAAAGAGAGGAGGGGAUCCUACAUCCCAUAGCCACUGUGAAUGGCUUCUAACAGUGCCGCAGAGGCCAGAAGCCAUCAAUUUCAAGUUCAUACCCAUAUGCUCUCUCCUCAAAAAUGUUCCUGGCAAAGGUCUCUUAUCACAUGCCAUUAACCUAUACCUUCGAUACAAGCCACCCGUUGCUGAUUUACAGUACCUCCUAGACUUCCAAUCUUACAAAUCAUGGGCUCCCAGUCUAAAUGAACUUCCAUUGGGCCCAGUCACAAAUAGAGGUUUAUCGAACCCAUCUCUCCAGCUCAACAUAAUGGGCGCAAAGCUAUAUGUGAAUACAGAUCAGGUUACAGUCGGAAGGAGUCCGAUCACCGGAAUGCGGUUGUAUCUCGAGGGCAUGAAGUGUAAUAGGUUGGCUAUACACCUACAACACUUAACAAGCACCCCAAUGGUGCUUCAAGACAAAUUAAGAGAGCCAUUCAAGUGGCGAAGUUCUUUUGAUAUCAUCGAUGAUGAGCGGUUUUUCGAACCAAUCCAAUGGAAGAAAUUCUCACAUGUAUGUACUGCACCAGUAAGAUAUGAUCCAGCAUGGGUUACUACAAGGGAAGAUACAGUGUUCAUUGUCACCGGUGCACAACUUCUUGUGAAGCAACAUGAAUCUAAAGACAUACUUCACCUUCGCCUUUUGUUCUCUGAGGUCUCACAUGCUAUUGUUGCACGAUCCCUAUGGCAGCAAGGUCCUUCCAAUUACUCUCAGAAGUCAAGAUUCUUCUCCACUGUUAGUACAUCGUUUUCAGGCAAUAACUUUGAAAAACAAAAAGAGCAGCCGAUAGUGAUUGAUUCCGGCGUGUUUCCAAUGGGUCCACCGGUGCAAACUCAAAGACUUACAAAAUUUGUGGAUGUGGCUGAGUUGUGUAAGGGACCUCAAGAUUGUCCUGGGUAUUGGAUAGUCACCGGAGCUAAGCUGGACUUGGAGAAGGGGAAGAUUUGUUUACAUGUCAAGUUUUCUCUCUUGUGUUUUACUGACGAGUAAGUUUUCCUUCACCA